AUGGAAGAGCGGGUGAAGAGGUGGCCCGAGUGCCAGUUCUUCUUCUGCUCAAACCCUGGCAAGCCCGCGAGGAUUGACGGCGUCGUAGGCGCCCGAGCACCACCACCGGAGUCAACUUCGGCUUCACCCAUUGUAUCGGGCUUCUCCCCGGUCGACGUCAUACCACCUGAGGUGUGGGCUCUUGUGUUCGAGUUCCUGACGCUGCGCGACCUGCAGCGUAGUGCGGCGCUGGUGUGCCGCGCGUGGCGUGCGGUGGCCACCGACCAGUGCACCGUCGCCCGCCUCUUUUGGCGCCACUACCACUGCGACCGCCAACGUCGCGACCGCCAACGCCCGACUUCGCGCUACACUGACGCGCAACUGCGCAACCGAGCCAGCGGCGCAAGUGCGCUGCCUUCGCCGCCGGAGAUCAUCCAUCUCCACUUUGGCCAAGCGGGCAGGUUUGUGCCGAGGGCCGUGCUGGUGGAUCGCCAAUCUAUGGGAUCCGUGUUAGACACCGCCAACGCCAAGCGGAUGCGCUCCAUGAUUUGCCCCGACAACGAUUUGAUGAUGGAGGGCGAGGCGGUGGACGAGCAGAAAAGUCGCCUAGUCGAGGUGGUGCGCAAGGAGAUGGAGCGAGCCGACUUCGUCGACGGCUUCCUGAUGUUCCUCCAGCUCGGAGAGAUGGGCCAAUUGGAGCGUCAGCUGCUGCUGGCUUGCGUGGAGGAGUGGCCGGACAUCGUGUCCGUGGCCGCGGCCGUGAUGCCGCCCAUCGACUCCGUCAGCGACCUCGUCUGCUGGGAUGUCGCGCGUACGCUCCACCAUAUGAAUGAUUGCACCUCCAUGGCGGUCCUGCUCGACGGCACGCCCCGACCCUACGACCCUACGACGACCAUCGCGGGGACGUACGACGUGCUGGCCGACGCGUUCUCCGGCGCAACGCACCCACUCCGCUUCGGCCGAACGGCUGCAAUGCGAAUGACCACCGAGCUUGUGCCCUACCCCUUCUUCCAUCUGCUGUCCCUGUCCCACGUGCCCAUCGUCGCGACCUGCUCCGAUGAGCCCACUCCGCCAUCGCCAUCGCCGACCUGCCUGUCCGGCGACGCCCCGCUCGGCCACAACGACAGCGUGUGCCACGCGGCAUUCGCCACAUUCCACACCAACCCCGCCGCAGGUCGCCAGAAGUACGGCGAGGUCGAGGCGGCAGUGCGCGCGGGGGCGAGACAAGACAAGAGGAGCUCCGGUGUUGAGCUCGCGUCGGUGCUGGUCUCCCGCCCCCUGGCGCGCUUGCACGGCCAGCAGCGAGUGGUGGACUUGGAUGACACUGAGACUCUGUCCUACCUUGACGAUAUGGUCGCGCAAUGGCGCGACUAUCAAAGUCUGUGA